CCAUGUAGGCUGUCCCCCGGCAGUGGGAGUGCAGGCUGCAGCCUCAGACGCCCAGUCACCCGCAGCACGGCAGAGUAACGGGACGUCACCAGCACCACCAUGAGGGAAAUCGUGCACAUCCAGGCCGGCCAGUGCGGGAACCAGAUCGGAACCAAGUUUUGGGAAGUGAUCAGUGACGAGCAUGGCAUCGAUCCAGCAGGAAGCUAUGUGGGUGAUUCAGCUCUACAGCUUGAGAGGAUUAACGUGUACUACAAUGAAUCAUCCUCUCAGAAAUAUGUUCCGAGAGCAGUGCUAGUUGACCUGGAACCAGGUACCAUGGAUAGUGUCAGGUCUGGCCCGUUUGGACAACUCUACAGACCCGACAAUUUUAUUUUUGGACAAACUGGAGCAGGGAACAACUGGGCCAAGGGACAUUACACCGAAGGUGCAGAACUGGUCGAUUCUGUCCUGGAUAUAGUCCGAAAGGAAUGUGAACACUGUGAUUGUCUGCAAGGAUUUCAGCUCACGCAUUCUCUUGGAGGAGGAACAGGCUCUGGCAUGGGCACACUACUUAUUAGCAAGAUAAGGGAAGAAUAUCCUGAUAGGAUAAUGAACACAUUCAGUGUCAUGCCCUCACCCAAAGUAUCAGACACCGUUGUAGAGCCAUACAACGCUACCUUGUCUGUGCACCAACUGGUCGAGAACACAGAUGAAACGUAUUGCAUUGACAACGAAGCCUUGUAUGACAUUUGCUUCCGCACCCUGAAACUGACCACGCCCACCUAUGGUGAUCUCAAUCACCUAGUCUCUGCCACAAUGAGUGGGGUAACCACUUCAUUACGUUUCCCAGGCCAGCUCAAUGCAGAUCUUCGAAAGCUCGCUGUAAACAUGGUCCCAUUCCCACGUCUUCAUUUCUUCAUGCCUGGCUUUGCACCCCUAACCGCUAGAGGAAGCCAACAAUAUCAAGCACUCACUGUACCUGAACUUACCCAGCAGAUGUUUGACGCCAAGAACAUGAUGGCAGCUUGUGAUCCACGCCAUGGUCGAUAUCUAACUGUGGCUACAGUCUUUAGAGGGCCAAUGUCCAUGAAGGAGGUAGAUGAACAGAUGCUAGCAGUCCAAAACAAGAACAGCAGCUACUUCGUAGAAUGGAUUCCCAAUAAUGUUAAAGUGGCUGUUUGUGACAUUCCACCUAGAGGACUCAAAAUGUCCUCCACAUUCAUUGGGAACAGCACAGCAAUCCAAGAAUUAUUUAAGAGAAUCUCAGAACAGUUUUCUGCCAUGUUUAGAAGAAAGGCUUUCCUACACUGGUUCACUGGUGAGGGGAUGGAUGAGAUGGAAUUCACCGAGGCAGAGAGCAACAUGAAUGACCUAGUCUCAGAGUAUCAACAGUAUCAAGAAGCUACAGCCAACGAUGGUGAGGAAACGUUUGAGGAAGAUGAGGAAGAAAUCCAUGAAUGAAACAAAAUUGUAUUUUCUGGUGAUAUUACUAAAUCAAGGAGUACCAUAUUUGUCUACUUUCCAUGUACUGUGAAAGCAAGCGGCCUCUGAGCUGCUGCAAUGCAAUUAGAGAGCCACACAUUUGUAUGGACAAGGCCUGAAAAAGAUUAGGCACUAAUUUUCUUGGGAAAGUUUAUAAAGGUUUCCUCAACUCUGUAUUUUAAUACAGUCAAAUCCAUGUGCUUUGCUAAAGUAAUCUGGUUUAAUAAAAAAAAAAAAUAAUCCCAUUA